AUGCGUUUGAAAUUUACAUUUCCCAUAACAUUUCGACACUAUGGCCGUGUGGACUGUAUUGGUUGGAUGUCACCAGAUGAUUUAUACUCGAUAGGAGAAGAUCAUAUUAUAUAUAAAUACAAUGGUGCACAAAAUGAAUUGAGUAAAAUUGGUGAAUUAGAACAAGAUCUGUAUGCACUUGACAUGCACUGGUUGCCGAGAUGUACAACAAGUCUAGGUAGUAGUGGUAUCGUUCAUAUGGUCAAUUCAGGUUCAGGAGGCAAACAAGCCAUUGGGUCCGAUCUUUUUCUUCUAGCUACUAACGAUGGUAUGAACUCCUUAGAUUAUUUAUUGAAGACAACACAUAUCAGUUAUUUUGUAGGUAAAUUCUUUUUUGUGAAUAAAAUUGGACGCAUGGAAAAAGCUGUCGAAGCACAUCAAGGUGCAAUCAUAUGUGUACGAUGGAGUUCAGAUGGCAGUCAAAUAGCAACAGGUUACUUUCCAUUUAAAAUAUAUUUCAUUUCGCAGAUUCGAGUUUUAGGCGGAGAAGAUGGACAAGUUCGAAUAUGGGGACGAUCGGGUAUAUUGCGUUCGAAUCUAGUCCAAUCAGUUACAUCAAUAUUCAGUCUGUGUUGGUCGCCUGAUAACAAUUCAAUACUCUAUUGUGUUGGAAAACAUCUCGUAAUAAAACCACUUCUAUCCAAUUCAAAACAAAAUACUUGGAAAGCACACGAACAAGUUGUUCUAAAAUGUGACUGGAAUGCAAUAAACAAUCUAAUCAUUUCCGGUAGUGAAGACUGUCGAUAUAAAAUAUGGGAUGCACUCGGUCGCCUAUUAUAUACUAGUCAAGCGUAUGAGUACCCUAUAACAAGUCUCGCCUGGGCACCUGAUGGUCAAAAUUUUGCUGUGGGUUCUUAUAAUACCAUACGAUUAUGUGAUAGUGUCGGUUGGUGUCAUUCGGUUGAAAGAUUCAACGAUGGCAGUAUAUUUAGUGUAUCAUGGUCCAGCGAUAGCACACAAUUAGCGUGCGGGUGUGGAACUGGUCGAAUUGGAAUUGGACAUAUAAUUGAACGUGGUAUGAGCUGGCGUCAUUUCGAAUUCAUUCUUACUGAUUCGAAAAUGAUCACUGUCAAUAACUAUGAAACAGAAUUGAGCGAUCGAAUAGAAUUAAGAGAUCGUCUUGUCAAAAUGUCUGUUGGCUUUGGAUUUUUAAUCGUUCUGACUACCAAUCAAGGUUUAAUCUAUAAUUGUAAACAACUCGGUCAUCCGGUUCUAUUCGAUUUGCGCGAUAUCUUUAUGAACUUAAUUGUUCAAACAGAGAAAUAUUUUCUUCUUUCCGAUGGAAUGAAUGUUUCAGUCUAUUUAUAUGAAGGUCGAUUUGUUUCAACUCUGAAGUUAAUAUCACCUAGACCGAAUUCGAUCCAUAUAAACACUAUUUCAGUGAGUCAUGACACGAUCGCUAUACGAGAUUCAACCAAUAUGAAGUCCGUCAUGUUCUUUGAUAUUAAUGGAAAGCCAAUGGGAGAUGGAAAACUCACUUCGCAUAAGCAUGAUAUAACUUAUUUGACACUUGAUCAAACAAGUUCAACUCAUGAACGAAAACUUGCAUUUAUCGAUAAGUUUCAAGAUCUUUUCGUUAUGUGUAUUCAUACUUCUGGACAACAUCGACAAUCGAACUACCAAAAACUGCGGAAGCUCUGUACAAAUGUAAGCAGUUUCCGUUGGAAUGAGAAAAAUGGUAUGCUAGCUUGUAUUGCUGAUGGAAAAUUAACCAUUUGGCUCUAUCCAAACGUAGUUUUCAUCGAUCCAAGUUUACUAAACAAAACCGUAUAUCGAAUAGAAUCAAAUGAUUUCGGCAAAAAUCCAUCGAUUGUGAAUUUCCUCGGCUGUCAAAUCACGAUUCGUAAGUCCACUGGUGCAUUGAUUCAAUGUGCAAUACCAAUCUACUACGAACUUUGUCUGGAUUUACUUGCUGCAAAUCGAGGAGAUGAAGCUUUACAAUUGUGUCAAUACAUCUCAGAUGAUUCGAUCUACAGUUUGAUUGCAGUGAGAUCAUUGUACAAUCGUGAUUUGGACUCAGCAGAGAAUGCAUUCGCUCAAUUAUCAAAUACCGAAAUGAUUUUAUUUCUACAGCAUCUUCGUUUGGUUACAUCGAAAGACGAAUGUGAAGCUGAACUAGUAUUACUUACUGGUGGGGAUGUACAACAGGCAGCGGAGUAUUAUUUUCGGGGAAACAAGCCUCUACACGCUAUCAUGUUAUAUAUCAAUGAACAUAAUUGGGAUCGUGCUAUUGAUUUGACUCAACGGUAUCCUCAAUAUUUGGAUGUAGUUGUUGGUUUUCGACAAAGAUAUUUGAACGAAUAUGGAAACCGAAGAAAAGAGACUAUUUCCAAGUAUCUGCAAGCAAUGAAAACAGUUGACAUUGAUUGGAAUCGAAUUAACGCAAAACUACGCAAAGAUUUAGACGAAGACAAUGUACUGAGAAUUAUUAACUAA